GUUUUCUGAAUGAAAAAGGUCUAGAUUAAAAAGUGGAAUCUUCAUUAAGUCUAGAUUUUUAUUAAGUCACUCUUUGGUGUGAAAAUUUAAUCAAAUACAAAAAAAUAAGUUAAACCUAUUUGACAGAUUAUAUAAAUUUGAUAAAGAUCUACACUGUAACAUGAUGUUUUCUAUGCGACUUUGGUUUUUGUAUGGCUGUGUUGAAUUAGGGGUCAUUCGGGGGACCAACUCCGCUCAAUUUGGUCAGCACUUUAUCCUGAUGUUUCCAGCAAAUCACGAUGCCAGGCUGUAUUUCUACACCUCCAUCUUGUCCCGCAUAGUUGUGAACGUGUCACGGCUGAAUGACCACGACCACUUCUCAAAGAAGGUUAGAGUUGUCGGCUCGGAGGUAACAUCGCUCUUCUUGAGAAAUACCGGUAUUAGGUCAGUGACAUCCGUCCACACCGCUGGGGCGUUCUCGUUUUUUAGCAACGGGAAGUACUCCAUUAUAGUUCUGCUUCUCUCCGACUCUGGAGCUGGGGGCGAUUCCUUCCAAGCCGUGCCAGUGACAGCCUUCCACAAGAAGUACAUCGUCCCGACACCAUCGGGCCCACAGUACCUUAUCUGUGUCACCUCGGUGCACAAUACCGUCAUCACUAUAGAACUGAACCCCAAAAGUACUGGCAAGACUGAGGGUACCACAUACAAUAUACAAGAGAAACAAGAAGUCAAAUAUACUGUCAAAAGAGCCGAACAAUCUCUUCUGAUUGAGCCUAACGGGAUACUGCAGCAAUACACAGCCCGAGUUGUAACUUCUGAUGAGCCUAUCGGUGUGGUUGCCGGUAGCUACCAAACCCUCAGUUGUAAGGAUGGUGUCAUAAACACAUCAGUUGUGGCAGAGAUGCUACUGUCACUGGACUAUUACGGGCUUGUCUACAUAGUCUGUAAGAUGCAAGGCGGCGUGGCUGCUGGUCCUGUCACUGUAGUUACAAGCUCCCCAUUUACUAACCUUCAGUGGAAAAUAUUGAAAACAGUCGUUCGGAGGAACACAUUGGUCAACUCAGGUUCUAGAGUAGAGAUGCUUGUCAAUGCAACAAUGGAGGUAACUGCUGACAAGCCAGUCGGAUGUUUUCAAAUUGUCUUCUCCCCUUGCCGCAGUUCUCCAGACGACUUUGAGAGGGUCGCCAUGUUGCAGAUAGUUCCCGUGGAGAUGUUUUUCAAUUUUUAUUCCUGGAGUUCGCUAGAUACGCUGAACGGCAGUAUACAGAUGCAUGUUUAUUUUAUUGUCCAGCAAUCGGAGAUUCAUCUUUUGACCUUAAAGUCGACGCAUCCUAAUAGCAGUGUGUAUUGGGACACCAACAGCGAGUACCAAGGCUGGAUAACUGGGAGCCUGGCCGUAGCCAGGGGAGUCUCCCACGCCUGGAUGAGAAACUUCAACUACUUUGGCUGUUAUGUGAUGGGGGUAGCCGAGGACGCCAUCGUGGCGCAGCUGCUGGGGUUUCAAAAGAGUUGCAUCAAGGGAGCUCAGCAAGAUUGUGACGGAUACUCUGACAAAGGUUUCCAAGCGCUCAUCGUGGACAAUGGGGAUGAUAUCUCUCAAGUUUGCCCGGAGAAGACGUUUGGAGACCAGUGUGAACAACUUUGUGAGCAAUGCGUUCCGGGCUGCGACCCAGUUUCUGGCAUCUGUACCAGGUGCGAGGACGGCUACACUAAUAUCUUAAAGGCAUGCCAAGAUGAAUGCCCACCAAUGACCUUCGGCAAGGAUUGUAGUGGUGACUGCGCCAAGAAAUGCAAUGACGAUUGUCUGAACAAGGUCGACGGGACGUGCAGGGCGACAAGUCAGUACACCAGGGGCCUGAGAGGAGGCAACUCAAACAGUAGCGUAUUCUUUGGACUUAUUUGGUUCUUUUUGCCGGGCUGUGCUCUCUGUUUCCUGUCAUACCUAUUAGCUAGCUACAAGACUUACUCAGCACGUCGGUGAUUAAGAAAUGGUGACGCUGGGAUAACAUAUAAACUUAACCUUUGCUUUAUCUUUCUUGUAAAUACAAGUGAAAUAUUCC